CCAACACAGAAAACAUAUUCACAGAUUACCGAAUGACGACUUGCUGUCCAAACUUGUCAAAACCUACUGAAAUGACGAAAUCAUUAUGAUUUCGAAGACUACCCUCCACCAAACCCGUAAAAAACAUGAACAGCUUCUGGGUUGUCAUCAGAAUUCCUGGAUUUUGGAUGAAGAUCCUGGAAGCGAUACUGAGCGUAGCCACUGUCUACCUCAUUUAUUGCACCUACAUCGAGACCCACAGUAUACACACCUACCAUCUGCUGCAAUGCACCGCUUUCACCUACUUCCUAAUCUGCGGAACCCUGAUCACCGAAUACGUCACUGAAGAAACGUCCCAUUUCACGGAAUCCAUGUUCCUCAUAGUGGGCAUCCCCAUGCACGCUGUCAGCGCCUCCUUGAAUUUGUACUAUUAUUUCACAUUGAGGGACUCUGAACUGAUCACUGUGGAAUUCCUUCUGUCUGGCAUUUUCUUCGUGAUAACAGGGAUAUUGCUGUUCGUCGAUCUCCUGUGCAUAAUCUAUCUGGAUUGGCCGAAAGAUCUGAGGAGGGAGAGGAACCCUAUAAGGCAUAUGGGAGACUGGUGGUCUGGUCCUGGAGUGUCAAAACAGGAUGCUCGUGUUUCUUUCAAGGAUGACAAUUAGGUUACUCUACCUGAAGAUGAUAUGGUAGCACACCCCUGUAGGAGAAUUUAAGAUAUUAUUAGUUCCAUAUUAUCAAUAUAUAAUAUAUUCAAUGAAUUCAUGCGGCCUUUCUCUAUUAAUAAAUCUCCAUUUCCAACGAAGGAAAAUUAACACUAAAGGGGAUGCUGAUGUCCAGAACCAAAUCUUGAAGUUCAGGAACCCAUUAAGUAAGGCUUUUUUGAGGCCCAUUUGCAGGUGGCAGAACCCCAAAUCCUUCCACUUUCUACUCUUAAAACAGCAAUAGUAUCGUAUUAAGUUUUUAGUUAGUGCAUGUAUAGGAGUGAAUAUGAAUA